UAAAUAAAUUAUACAGUACUAGUAUAGAAUAUAGAUUAUAGAGAGCGUGGCACAUGCGGCGGUUUAGGAUCUCUUCUCUUUCUCCAACGACACUUCACAAAAACAUCUUGAUCUCACACCAUUUUUGCUUGCUUCUCAGUUCUGAUCUUGAUUUGAAGAAAAUAUUGUUCUAGUCAUGGUGAACCACGAAAGCAUAGGUCUUUACCCUCUUCAUCGUUGCAAAACCAUUCACCUGGUGAGACAUGCUCAAGGGAUUCAUAAUGUGUCUGGAGAUAAAGAUCACAGUGCUUACUCUUCUGAGGAUUACUUUGAUGCUCGUCUCACCCCUCUUGGUUGGCAACAGGUUGAUAAUCUAAGGAAUCAUGUUAGAGAAGCUCAACUCUUAAACAAGGUUGAACUUGUCAUUGUUUCACCUUUGCUUAGAACAAUACAAACAGCUGUUGGUGCUUUUGGAGGUGAAGAAGAUACUGAUGGAGCGGAUGCAACACCGCUAAUGGUGGCCAACGCUGGGAGCAGCGAUCGUCCUGCGAUUUCUAGCUUAAAUGUCCCACCUUUUCUUGCUGUUGAGCUAUGCAGGGAAACUAUGGGUGAUCAUCCUUGUGACAGGCGAAGAAGCGUCACAGAGUACAAGGCUCUCUUUCCCGCAAUCGAUUUCUCAAUUAUCGAAAGCGACAAGGAUGUUUUGUGGAAGCCGAGUCCAAGAGAGACCCCUGAAGAAGUUGCAGCCAGAGGUGUAGAGUUCUUCAAAUGGCUAUGGACGAGGAAAGAGAAGGAGAUCGCAGUUGUAUCUCACAGCGGCUUCUUGCAUGGUCUCUUGAGUUCUUUCGGGAAAGAUUGUGCCGAUGACAUAAAGAAAGAGUUGUCUAUACAUUUCAAAAACUGUGAGCUUCGCUCAGUGGUCAUCGUGGAUCAAGGGAACUUGGCGACUGAUUCUGUAGAGACCACAAACUAUCCUGGGAAGGUUCCUCAAGGACUUGAUCAUCCAAGUGGCUAAACGGCUGAGGAGUAAGAGAGAGCACAAGUUUCUGAGAUUGUUUUCUUCUUUCUAAAAAGAAUAAAUUACAUGAUGCUUCUAUUGGACUAGAAUUUGGCAUUUUUUCAGUUAUUGAUGAAAAAAUAUUGCUAUGUAGGUUGACUUUGCUGCCACAUGAAUUUUAUUGAUUAUGAUUGUUAUUACCCAAAAUUCAGUGGUAGCUUUAAAUCAUCUUGUCCAUUUAGUAUAUACGCAGUGAUUAUA